UGCAGCGCACGAAACUUGAAGAAGAAGCUGCAGAGAGUUUGGACUUAAACUCAUCUCACCCAGACUCAGAGGACACACGCACACACAGACCUCAGCACGGACCUGACCUCCUAAACAUGAACACCACGACGAUGCUGGUGCUGCCUCUGCUCGUCAUCACGUUUUUACACAGUCCCGUCUGCUUGUCAGUGACGGUGAGCAGCAGUAAACCCAAGGUAGAAGUCCAUGAACACACAGACGCUGUGCUGGCUUGUGAGUUUAAGACAGAAAAAGACCAGAACCCGCGAAUCGAGUGGAAGAAGAGAGGAAAGGCAGUUACUUUUGUGUACUUCAAUCACAAAUUCAUAGGGUCUUAUGCAGAACGGGCUAAGAUAGAGGGAGCGACGCUUACCAUACACUCGGUUACUCAGAAGGACUCAGGGGAAUACCGUUGCGAGGUGACUGCCAGCGAGGAUCACGUCAGCCUUGGAGAGGCUACUGUCACCCUCAAUGUGCUUGUGCCUCCUCAUGUCCCGUCCUGCGAGGUGCCGAGCUCCGUGUUUAUUGGCUCAGGCCUGGAGCUUCUCUGCAAGGACAAGCUCAGCGUGCCUCCCGCCACCUACCGCUGGUACAAAGACAACAAGGCUCUGAUGGCUACGGGAGACGCCCCCUAUAGCAUCGACGUGCACAAGGGCACGCUGAAGUUUAAAAGCGUGUCCAAGGCGGACGCAGGGAUGUUUCGCUGUGAGUCCUCCAACAGUGUGGGGGCGCCCAAGAGCUGUGUGGCCCAACAGCUGAAAGUUGUUGACUAUCCUUUGAAUAUGACAAUUUUGAUAGCAGGUGCUGCAGGUUUUGUGGCGCUCAUGCUUUUCUGCUGCAUCUGCGUGUGCGUCUGCCGCCGACGAGGCUGCUGCAAGAAGAGCAAGAAAACAAAGAGCACCAAGCCCUACAACCCACAUCCUCCUCCGCCCCCUCCCAGCCGGAACAUCAAGCACUACAAGCAAACACAGUCCUUCAUGAUAUGAGGGAAGCGAAAACAAGUCUCUCACACUGACUUCAAAACAUCCGUUGAACACACAGGAAGGUUUGUUCCACUCUGAGCUCGUUUUGCUGACGGCUGAUCAAGGCUUUUUCUGGGACGGACUCACAGACAGAGAGAUCUUCAGUUGUCAAGCAAAAGCAAAGAGUUUAACAAGGUUUUGUAAAAAAAAAAAAAAAAAAAAGAAGAAACUGUGGUGCCUUUGCUUUGGAAGAUGCUUUGGAAGAUGUUCAAAUUCACGUUACAUUUACAACUUUAUCACUUUUUUAAAUGCUUAUUUGUCUUCAGUAUGUCAAGACAUUUUCGAAAUGUUUUUUAUUUUUUUUUGUGCUUCUCAGUCUUUAGGUUUGAGGUUCAGCGCUUAAUUUUAAUCUCUUUAGUUCUACCUGUAGGUCAGUAACUAUCCACACUGAUUAUGGCAACUACUGUACAUAGAUGUUAUCACAAAUCUCUUGUCUCUCUUUUUUUCUGUCAUUUUUACAUAUAUUUUUUAUAUAAACCUGUUUGUGUUUCUUAUUUCUUUCUCUUAUUCUUUACCAUUAGUUGUUUUUUUUAUGAUUCAGGUCAGGAACAAUCGAGCAGGUGUCUGCACACACUGAAUAGUGUUUUGUAAACUUUAAAUAUUUUAUUCUCGAGUAUUUUUGACGUCUAAUAAUCAAUAAAGAAAACUUUAAAAGCAGA